UGUCUCAUCUCUACUCCAAAAUUCAGGUGUGUCAGAAACAUCAGUGCUGUAAUUCAGAAGAAGUGUUUUCUCCUGAGAACAACCUGAAUACUGGGCCUUCAUCUGAAGAGCAUGACACCACAGGACAGAACAAAAGAGAUGUUGAUGAUAUCAGGUUGCUGUCAAGCAAAGCAGAGCCAGAUUUGUCAUCUUUCAAAUCACCAAAGAGACGCUUAUGUAUCUGCUCACCUAAAGAUGAAACACUCGCUGUGAGAAAUGGCAAAAGGCUGAGAAAAAGUGACUUCAGAUUGCCUGAUGACCACAAAGAGCCUGAUAUCAGCUCAAGUGAGGAGGAGAGAUGGAACAGCCAAUGUAAUUGUGGGGCGAUUGAAAGGAAGCCACAGGUCCUUCUGUCUUUUGAACCAGAGCAUAUGAAGGGGAAGAGGUUUUUGUAUGAUGCUCGUGAUACACUUGAUGGAAGAUCCAAUAAGAAGAACGUCAUCACUAAAAUCUUUGGUCUACCAUUUGAAGUGCACACGUCUUGGCAAGGGUGUGCUGUUCAGAAAAUUGAAAACAUUCCUGACCAGAGCACAGAUGUCUUGGACUUAAGCAAAAGUGCAGCAAUAAGAACUAGCAGUUUUUCCCACUAUGCCAAAAUAAUUGCUUUUCUUGUUAGAUUUUGGCAAAAACAGGAAAAGCAGGAUAGGCAAGAUAUCAUCUUUUCAGUUGGAAGAUUCUCCGUACGGCUGCAAGCAAGUGAUCUGUACUGUUGCCCAAUCAAAAAAGACGACGAAGAUUUAAAUCUUCAGGACAAAAAGCUAUCUUAUGCAACACUCAGUCCAUCAGAAAAAUUAGCUAAAAAAUAUUCGGACACUAUUUGGAACUACAUGGUGGGCAACCAUGACAAAGUGAAUUCUCUUGUACAAACCCCUCAGGAUGCCAUUGCAGUAUGUGCUGUUCUGUUCUCGGAAGUCAUCAGGUAUCCUAACAUGCUUUUCCACAACAUCCUCAUGAUGCUGUAUUACAAGUCAUGGGAUGAUUUUUAUGACCAUCAUCCCAUGGUAAGAGGAGGAUCAUGGAAACAUCAGAACAAUGACGUCCCAGAAAAGGUUAAAAGAAUCGAAAAAGACAACCUUUUAUUUUUUGCCAAGGAAAUGAUGCUCCGUGGAAUGAACAAAAGCGCUCUAUUCCAAGUUUCUGUUUAAUGCAUAUAAAAUGUAAAAUUAUGUAACAUAAAUUUAAGGAGGCUCUUUUAAAGAGAGGCUUCAUGGGUAUGGGAGCUGAACACGCAGCAACCCUUGAAGUUUCACCUAAAGAGAGACUUUAUAAUAAUAUUAUGAUAUUUAUAAUAAUAAUAAUGGUAUUUUUAUAUUGCAUUGUUUUUACUAUGGGCGACGUGGUGGCGCAGUAGGUAGUGCUGUCGCCUCACAGCAAAUAGGGUUUGAGCCUCGGCUGGGUCAGUUGGCGUUUCUUUGUGGAGUUUGCCACCGUUUUCUCCGGGUGCUCCGGUUUCCCCCUCAAGUCCAAAGACAUGCGGUACAGGUGAAUUGGGUAAGCUAAAUUGUCAUUAGUGUAUGUGUGUAAAUGUUUCCCAGAGAUGGGUUGCGGCUGAUAGGGCAUCCGCUGCGUAAAACAUAUGCUGGAUAAGUUGGCGGUUCAUUCCACUGUGGCGACCCCAGAUUAAUAAAGGGACAUAGCCAAAAAUAGAAUGAAUGAAUGAUUUUACUAUUUGUA